CUUUUGUGCCGCCACUGGAUUUGCUUAUGACUACAUCAGUUGGAUACUCUUUUCCUUGAUAUACGUAAAGGACUUUUUCGUGCGUUAUGGAUGGAACAAAGUUUACUCUGAGGAGGACAGUCGGAUUACCCAGAUGACCUACUGCACUUCUGGUCUUUGCAGUCAAUAUGAGCAUAUACUUUACUGAAUUUACGUGAUAUACUCAUAAAGCAUUCUCUAGGCGUUAAAUUGUUUUUGUUGCCGGAGACAGUCAUGUUGGGUAAUGGAACAGUAUAUGCAGGAAGGAAGAGGAAGAAACCUGUCCAAAAGUCCAGCACGAAAGGCGUUACCGACGAUGUCGUUAAAUCGAAUCCAUCGAAACGCCAUCGGGAUCGACUCAACGGAGAACUGGACAACCUAACCACCCUGUUACCCUUCCCCGAUGACGUGAAAGGACGGCUCGACAAACUCUCUGUGCUGCGUCUUAGCGUAGGAUACCUCAAAGUGAAAAGUUUCUUCAAUGCCACUUUAAGGAAGAAUGAUUGGUCUUUGUCCACGGCUUGCGCUAAGGGAACAAAAGCAACCUCCAUAGAUGGGGUCAGCUUCUCUGAGGGAGACCUGUUGCUUCAGGCCCUGAAUGGCUUUGUUUUGGUGAUCUCUGCUGAGGGCCAUAUCUUCUAUGCAUCUCCUACUGUACAGGAUUACCUUGGUUUUCAUCAGUCGGAUGUGGUUCAUCAGAGCGUGUUUGACCUGAUCCACGUCGAUGAUCGUCCCAUGUUCAGAUGUCAGCUCCACUUCGCCCUCAACCCCAAGAACGAAAGUGACGACACACAGGGCAACGGUGAGGGGUCUGGUAACUAUGAGAACUACAACCUGCAGCACAUUCCUUUGGAAAACUCCUCUUUCCUGGAAAGGAGCUUCUGCUGUCGUUUUCGCUGUCUUCUGGACAGCUCCACUGGUUUCCUGGCUCUGAAUUUUCAGGGACGGCUGAAGUACCUCCAUGGGCAGGAGCGAACGGGGGAGAACGGCUGCACCUCCCAUUCUCAGCUCGCUCUGUUCUGCAUCGCGUCUCCCGUUCUUCCUCCCGCCAUCCUGGAGAUCAGGAGCAAAACGCUAAUCUUUCAGACGAAACACAAGCUGGACUUCGCCCCCACAGGCAUUGACACCAGGGGGAAAGUGGUUUUGGGCUACUCCGAGUCAGAGUUAUGCAUGACCACUUCUGGGUAUCAGUACAUUCACGCGGCUGACAUGAUGUACUGUGCAGACAACCACAUCCGAAUGAUGAAAACAGGAGAGAGUGGAUUCACAGUGUUCAGACUCUUGGCUAAGAAUGGAAUUUGGGUUUGGGUUCAAUCGAAUGCCAGACUGGUGUUCAAAGGAGGAAAACCAGAGUUCAUCAUAGCCCGGCAGAAACCACUAACGAAUGAAGAAGGUGAGGAGCAUUUACGCCAGAGGAGAUUACAGCUUCCUUUCAACUUUGCGACCGGGGAAGCGGUUCUGUACGAGACCAGUCCCAAUCUGGACGUGCCAAAGACCCAAAGCAGCCUUUCCCUACCCUUUCAGGAAAACGAAACCUCUGAGCAAAAUGGUUUGGACCCCAACUCCCUCCUGGGCUCCUUACUCCGGCAGGACCCUUCCGUCUACGUCCAGUCCUCAGACGCAGGUGACCCUCAGGUGUCCCUUGACAAGGCCUUCAUGGACAGUCACGCCCUUCUUAGCGUCCCCAGCGACACCUGUAAACAGGUUCCUCAGGUGCCUUGCGACAAGCAGGAUCUCACCACUCAGGCCAUGCUGGACUCUCUUGAACAGAUCCUGGGAAACAGAUCCGUAGGUGACACGUUCGAUGGCUUGGACUUGGAUCAAGCCGAGCUGAAGGAAUGGGAGAACAUCCUUUUGAAAAUGCACCUGGAGAGAGGAGAGGAACCAGUUCAGCUCAGCAACAUUCUGGCCAACGACGUGUUCUCCUACGUGGAGGACGCCCUGCUGAAGGAGAACAGCCGUCCAGAUGGCCCUCAGCAGACCAGAGCAGGCAAAGGAGCAAACACGACCUGCGGCCAGAACGGUGCUGUCUCUCAAAAUGAAGCCAGGCGGUUGAUCCAAGACAGGGUGUGGCCUACCAACCACAACGUGAACCAACAGAAUACUUCAGUCUUCGAUUCUCAAAAGCAAACGACGAUAUUAGUAACCAAUUCCAAAAUGAAUGUGUAUGGAUAUGGAGGGCAGAGCAUUCUGGGUAAGAGAACCGAGAGUGGAUCUCAGGGGUCACUGAGUCAUCGUCCUGAUAUCCCAUCAAAGACACUGAAAUUAAGUUCUAGCCCGUUCCUCAAAACAGAGAACAGUUUCUCUCCCCAACCCAAUAGUCACCAACUCCCUCAGCCAACAGUCCAGCAGUUUAUGCUCCCUGUAAAAAACUGUCACAUCACAGAUAACAUGCAGUAUAACUUCUCUCACGAAAGUCCUCGCCUUACAAGAAAUGUCUAUGAAAGACGUUUUCUAGAACAGAACCAGAAUGUUAUGAACCAAAGCUUAGUGCAGUCGUCGCAGCAACAAACUCCACGGCAACCAUACCCUCCGAUUCCAGUGACUGGCUCUCAGAGAUCAGGAUAUGGUCCACAGGACUACAUUUCCCAUAUUUCUGCUGUAUCGCAGCACUCACACCAAGGUCCUCCGCCAACAUUGCUGAAUGGUCAGCAAAUAACUAACCACGGACAGACGGAUUACGUCUCCCAUGUACCCUUAGUAACAUCCUGCCCACAGAACCUGUCCAACAGUUGGAUCCGUGAGAGGAAUGACGUAGGAGAACAGAACAGCGCUGUUCGUUUCAACUGGCCUGUCCCCACUCGUCAGAACGGCACCUUGCCUUUCCGUGACCAGCAGUGACUAACCCCAGCUCCGGAUAACACAGACAAGAACUUCUCCUAUUAGUGGACAUCUGGAUUUUUUUUUUUCUCCACGGACCCAGGGGUCUUUUUUUUCCAUCUCUGGCAGAUGCGUUUAUCACGGACAUAGAAAACAAAAAAAUAUGGUAGCAAUGUCUUAUGUGGUGUCAUAAAUGUGAGGAUGUGUUUCUUUAACAAAGUUCAAGUUUUUUUUUUUUUUUCCCCUAGUCUGGGAAUAUUUAGCCACCUGAGUCCUGAGCACACGUCCAUCCACUUCCAUUCAUGCUCUUUCAUCAAAGAAAAGAUUAUUUAGAUAUGAAUAAUGUCUAAUCUCCCCACUUUCUUUGUCUCUCGUGUCCCAUGGUUGAGCCAGUAGUCAAAGAUAAAUUAAGUUCAGGGAAGCUGAUAAAGGCAAAAGUCAAAUCAAGUGAUUUCAAAGGAUUUAGAUGAGACAAAAAAAAAAACCCUCAGAAUGUCAUGUGGCACGUCAGCUUGGUCACCACUUCUGAACCUGGACAACUUUCAGCUGAAAACUUUGUGUAUUUUGUGUUUCUGGAUCCAUUUGUAAAGAGCAGAAAAGACUACACCCGAAGAGCUCUUGUACUGUGGAGAACAUUAUUUUGUUUGUAGAGUGAGAGGAAUCUCACAUGGCAACGCACAACUGGACUAAAACCUGGUAUUUCUCCUUUUUAAAGAAUAUUUGUAAAG